AUUGUUGCACCGGAAGAUAUACUGUAAAAAUGCGAAUUCGUUUCGCAAGGGAAAAACAUUUUCAUUCAGUUUUGAGCUGUGAAGAUGGCAAAUAGGACUGUUAAAGAUGCCAACAGUAUACAUGGAACAAAUCCACAAUAUUUGGUGGAGAAAAUUAUUCGUACUCGAAUCUAUGAAUCAAAAUACUGGAAAGAAGAAUGCUUUGGACUGACGGCUGAGCUUGUCGUUGACAAAGCCAUGGCGCUGAAGUUUGUCGGUGGCGUUUAUGGCGGAAAUAUCAAACCUACACCGUUCCUGUGUCUCACUCUGAAGAUGCUGCAGAUCCAGCCAGAGAAAGACAUCAUUGUAGAAUUCAUCAAAAACGAGGAUUUCAAAUAUGUCCGCUUGCUUGGCGCCAUGUACAUGAGGUUGACUGGGACUUCAGUGGAUUGCUAUAAAUACCUGGAACCGCUGUACAACGACUACAGAAAAAUCAAGAGUCAGAACCGAAAUGGGGAGUUUGAGCUGCAACACGUUGAUGAGUUUAUUGAUGAACUGCUACACUCCGAGAGAAUGUGUGACAUCAUCCUUCCCAGGCUUCAGAAAAGGCAGGUUCUUGAGGAGGCGGAGCUGUUAGACACACGCAUCAGUGCCCUGGAAGAAGACCUGGAUGAGGUGGAGACCAGCGACGAGGAAGAUGAGGAAGAGGAGAAGACAGAGAGAGUUCAGACCCCAGAGCCCCACAGGCGGAGUUACCGAGACAACGAUCGGCCUCGCCGCUCGCCCUCUCCACGCUACAGACGCAGCAGUCGUUCACCCAGACGGAGGAGCAGAUCACCUAAGAGACGAAGCCCAUCCCCCAGACGAGAACGUCACCGCAGCAAAAGCCCCCGUCGCCACCGCUCCCGAGAGAGACGUCACCGCUCAAAGUCCCCAGGGCAUCACAGAAGCCACAGGCAUCGCAGUCACUCCAAAUCCCCAGAGAGGAGUUCAAAAAAGAGCCACAAGAAGAGUCGAAGAGGAAACGUGUGAUCCACUUUGUAUUUUGUUCUCUUCGACAGUUCCCUUUUCUGACUUGUACAAAUUUGGCCACAUAAAUGUCCAUCUGUGUAUGGAAUCCCUUGUAUUUUGUUUUCGAAAGUAAUUGCAUUUUAAGAUAUUUUCAGACCAUGUUGCAGAAAGAACCAAUCUCAAUUUUAUUUCUAACAUCUGCAGCUCAUAUGGAACUGUCCACAACCCUAUGCAUCGGUGAAUAAAGUUGCUUGGUGGUUUGAA